CAUGAAUUUUUAUAUGUACCAGAAUGUCCGAUACCCUUCUUAGGAAGAGAUUUGUUAUCCAAAUUAAAUGCACAAAUUGUUUCUGAUGAAGGAGAAUUCUUUUUGAAGAUACCCGAGUCAAAAACGGGAGAAGUUUUGAUGAUACAAGAAAAGGUAAAGGAACAAGAAAUUCCACCGGAGGUGGAUUUGGCAGUGAUCCCUACUGUAUGGGAAACAGAUAUUCCUGGCAAAUCGAAACUAGCAGAACCGGUUAAAAUAGAUUUGAAGGAAGGCGCAGGAACAGUGAGAAUUAAACAAUAUCCAAUCAAACCGGAAGUGAGACAGGAAUUGAAGAAAUUGAUUGAUAAAUUUUUGGAGUAUAAAAUUUUGGAAGAAUGUGAAUCUGAGUAUAAUACUCCUAUUUUACCAGUCAGAAAACCUUCGGGUGAAUAUAGACUGGUACAAGACUUGAGAGCAGUAAAUCAAAUAGUUAAGGAUAUUUAUCCUGUGGUAGCAAACCCUUAUACACUGUUAACAGCAUUGAGGGAGAAUUAUCAGUGGUUUACAGCGCUUGAUUUAAAAGGUGCUUUCUUUUGUAUACCUUUGGAAAAGGGAAGCAGAAAACUGUUUGCUUUUGAAUGGGAAAAUCCUCAAACCGGGCGAAAGAUGCAGCUGACAUGGACUAGAUUACCCCAAGGAUUUAAAAACAGUCCAACUAUUUUUGGAAAUCAAUUAGCAAAGGAACUUGAAAUCUGGAAACAGGAUAAAUCAAGGCCUGGACAUUUACUCCUACAAUAUGUGGAUGACAUACUGAUAGCUACAGGAAAGACCUGUAUACAGGUGACUAUUGACCUCUUGAAUUUCCUGGGACUAAAUGGAUAUAAAGUGUCCAGAAAGAAAGCCCAGAUAGCCUGCCAGACUGUGAUAUAUCUGGGCUUUGAGAUUUCAAAAGGACAACGACAAUUAGGAAAAAAUCGUAAAGAAGCUAUUUGUACUAUACCUGAGCCGAGAAAGAUUCAUGAACUCAGAGCAUUUUUGGGAAUGACUGGGUGGUGUCGCCUUUGGAUCAUGAACUAUGGGCUAAUAGCUAAACCGCUGUACGAGGCCCAAAAGAACUCUCCCUUUGUAUGGGGCCCACAACAACAAAAGGCUUUUAUAGAGUUGAAACGUGCCUUAAUGUCUGCACCUGCCUUGGGACUGCCGGAUCUAACCAAAGAUUUCCAGCUGUUUGUACAUGAAAGACAACACCUUGCACUGGGCGUGUUAACCCAGAGGAUAGGAAGCUGGAAGCGAGCAGUCGGAUAUUUCUCUAAACAAUUGGACACAGUGAGUAAAGGGUGGCCAAACUGCCUUCGAGCACUGGCCGCAACAGUGAUGCUCAUACAAGAAGCUCGGAAAUUGACUUUGGGAAGAACAAUAACAGUCUAUGUUCCACACAUGGUGAUAACUGUCCUAGAACAGAAGGGGGGACAUUGGCUGUCUCCCAGCCGAAUGAUGAAAUACCAGGUGGUAUUGACUGAACAAGAUGAUGUGAUUCUAAAGACAACUAACCUGGUAAAUCCUGCAGUGUUUUUAAGUUCCAUACAGGAAGAAGGACGACUGGAACAUGAUUGCUUGGCUACCAUCGAGUAUGUUUAUUCCAGUCGUGAAGAUCUGAAGGAUGUGCCAUUGGAGCGACCAGACUGGGAAUUGUAUACUGAUGGAAGCAGCUUUAUGGAACAAGGAGUCCCAUACGCUGGAUAUGCGGUAACAACAGAGACUACAGUUAUAGAAGCAGGAGCAUUGGCGAGUACCACAUCAGCCCAAAAGGCAGAACUCAUCGCUUUAAUUCGAGCCUUAGAGAUAAGCAAAGACAAGAGAGUAAAUAUCUGGACUGAUUCAAAAUAUGCCUUUGGGGUAAUGCAUGUCCAUGGAGCUUUGUGGAAAGAGAGGGGGUUAUUGUCCUCUCAAGGAUCAAACAUUAAGCAUCAAACAGAAAUUUUACGAUUAUUGCAAGCAGUUCAAAAGCCAGAUCAAGUAGCAAUCAUGCACUGUAAGGCACACCAGAUUGGGAAUACAAAAAUAAUAGCUGGGAAUAAUUUAGCUGAUAGAACUAAAAAAAAAAAAGUAGCAAAGAAACAAGCAUUGCAAAUGGCAAUAAUUCCUUCUAAAACAGUAACCCUUCCCAGGGAAAAACCGAGAUAUUCAGAGGAAGAUGACAAAUUGGGUCAGUUAUUAAAUGCUAAGAAAAACUUAGCUGGAUGGUGGAUAACUCCUAACAGGCAAGUAGUAAUUCCACCUCUUUUGAUGAGAGAAAUAAUUCAAAUGAGACAUCAAGAACGUCAUUGGGGGGCAGAAGCCUUAGUAACAUUUUUACGAAAGCAAGUAAUAUCAGUUAAUAUGUUAGGAAUAGCUAAAAUGGUAACUGCAAAGUGUGAAGUAUGUUUGAAAAAUAAUCCAGUGAUUAAGAAAAAGGUUCAAAUGGGUAGACUGAAAUCUGGUAUAGAACCUGGAGAUUAUUGGCAAGUAGAUUUUUCAGAGUUACCUAGACAAAAUGGGUACCGGUACAUCUUGGUAGGGGUUGAUACUUUUACAGGAUGGCCAGAAGCCCUUCCCUGUCGCACUACACAAGCAAAAGAGGUUGUAAAAUGGUUAUUACAAGAAAUAAUUCCGAGAUUUGGAGUUCCUAUUGGAAUUUCCUCUGACAGAGGUCCACACUUUGUGGCUGAAGUAGUCCAAAGUGUUAGCAAAGCAUUGGGUAUUAAUUGGGAUUUACAUUCAUCUUGGAGGCCACAAUCUAGUGGGAAAGUGGAAAGGAUGAAUCAAACGUUAAAACGACAAAUAAGUAAAAUUUGUCAAGAAACCAGUUUAAAGUGGCCUCAGGCACUUCCAUUGGCGUUAUUACGAAUCAGAGUACAACCAAAGAGUGGAACCUCAGUCAGUCCUUAUGAAUUAUUAUAUGGAAAACCAUAUGAGUCUCCAGAACCAAAUCUAAACAUACAUGUAAAAGGAAAACAAGAUGUGUAUAACUAUUUGCUUUUUCUAAGGAAAACUUUGGCUGUGAUUUGGAGUGUAGUAAUUUGAAAUAGACCUUUACCCCUGGAAAAUUCAGUGCAUGAUUUCCAGCCGGGAGACUAUGUUUAUGUGAAGACUUGGACCUCCGAACCUUUGCAGGAGCGCUGGAGAGGACCCUUCCAGAUACUGCUAACCACUUUUACAGCUAUCAAAAUUGCAGAAUCGGAUGCUUGGAUACAUUAUACUCGAGUGAAGAAAGCACCAUGAAGAAAGCAUCUAUUCCGUGGAAGAUUGUGAAACGUAACUCAGAGACUUAAAAA